AUGUCUCAACACUCAGUUGAGUUUGAUUUAUUUAAAGAUGAGUUAAUUGAUGAUCAUUGUAUGGAUGAUGUUAUUAUUGAAGGAAAUUUUAGUGAUAGAUUGGAUAUUCUAAAGGAUUACCUUAGUGCUCUUCAAGAAUUGAAACAACAAGUUCAAAUAUUUGCUUCUUCAUCACAAAGUCAACCUUCAUCAACAUCUCAUCAAGAAGAAGAUGAUUCCGUUCAUAUUCCUUCUAUUCAACAACAAGCACCUCCAAAGCCAAAACAAUAUGUUACAAUUUCUAAACUAAUCAAUCCGAAAGAGUAUUAUUUAAAUCAGACUAAUUCAUUUUCUGAUUUGAUGAUAAAGGCUAGAGUGAGAAUACCAUUGGAUCAAAUAAUUGCUAAAUACCAAAUCAAGAAUAAGGAUUUGAUGAUUAUUCCAUUUUCAACUCUUUCAAUGACAAGCCUUUUAUUUCAUGAUGUUCAUUUCGAAUAUUAUCAAGCAGUUGCUGUUGAAGAGAACACAGAGAUGGAUUGUAAUGAGGAUAUUAGAUCCAUCAUUCAGGAAAACAACAAUGCAAAGACAUCAAUUGUUGAAGAAAUUGAGGAGGUAGAAAUGGUAGACAAUUGUUCACAUUGUUCAUCAUCGAGUGAGGAGGUUGAAGUGGGGAACAAUCAAAUUGAGAAAAAAGAAGCCUUUGUUGAUAUUAAUUGUGAUUGUGGAAUUUGUUUACUUCCUUUAUAUGAUGGAACUCAAAUCUAUAAUCUCGAGUCUUGUAAUCAUGCAUUUCAUUUAGCUUGUGUACAUCGAUGUAUGGAAAGUAGAAAUAUUCAAAAGUGUUGUGUUAAAUGCUUCAAAGAGAUAUCUCAAGAUGAAAAGAAACAAAUCAAAUUAUUAUUCAAAGAAGAGGUGAGAACAAAGAGAAUUGAAAAGAGAGUUUCCAAUAAUCCAAAACCAAAAGACAAGCCAAAGAAAGAAAAGCUAAAACCAAAGAUUCAGGAACCAUCAUUUGAGCCACCUUCCACUCCUCACAAAAUUAAUCACAACCUCAUUAUUGAAGAGUAUGGAUACAUGUUGAAUAAUCAUUCAGAACUUCCACUCAACUACAAAUGCAAAUCUUAUCUCCCUGCCUUCAAGAGAAGUGACAAACCAAUUGAGUUGAUUUGUACGAUUACCUUAAAUCCUAACUUUGGUAAGGAUGCUCAUAUAUUUCUUCUGAGGAUUGAAUCCAGUAUUCUACCCAAAUCACUUAAAAGCUUCAAUUUCGAGGAAUUAACAGAGAAGAUCAAAGAGCAACUCGAAGAUAAAACUAGUAAGAGAAUAGAAAAUGCAAAGGAGUAUUUUGGAUUGAAAAAUAAGAAGGUCACUUCCAUCAUUGACAAGAUAAGGGAUUGUGAAUUUUUCUAUCGAACUGCAACAGAAAUAAGAGAAAAUUCGCUUACUUUCAAUUCUCCAAUAAUUGUUGGGAAACCUAACGAGCCAAUUGUGAUACCUGAUUCCAGUCAUUUAAAGAGAAAAGAACCUCCUAAAGAGCCAACUUUGGAUUUCAUUCCUGUUAAAAAACGAAAGUGUGAUCUUGCACCAUUCCGAAUAGAUAGAAGCCAGUUUAUGGAUAUAUCCAUACUAUUAGAUACUGAUUAUUCAUCGAUUGAUAUGGUGAUAUCAUAUUUAGAAAACUAUCACGGAAUUCAAUCAACAAGAAGUUUGCUAAAGGGUUUGACUGAGUAUUCCCUGACAGAGAGUGAUUGUGACAUUGUAUCAAAAUUAUAUUUGCUUCUUCAACACUACGAUUUGAGUUGUUCCAGAGGAAUUCAUUCAUUAUAUGAUGUCUUCAAAGAAUGUGACGUGAAAUUGAGCUCUAUUUUAGAUUUGUAUGAUGUACUUUCUCAAUCUGUGAAUCUAUUUCCUAAUGAUAUUAUUUAUCAAUACGCCAAAAAUACUAAAGAAGCAAACAUGUCAACUAUUUCUCUGAUUAACAUAGCCAGCAAGUUUCUUCUUCCAAAAUAUUCAGAAACUGAAAUAAUUAAGGCUUGUACGAACAUUGUUGACUUGUCAAAUAAUUUCUUUACAAGCUUGGAUGCCAGUAUUAUAAUUUCUUCAAGUUGUGAGCAUGAAAUUCUGUAUGGCCUUUUCAAUGUUGUCAAAUCUAUUGAUUAUUUCAUUGUGGAAAAUAUGGACUUGCAAACAGUACUUUUAAAUCUCAUCACAAUAAUAGAUCAUAUUGAAAGAACUGGAAUUGAGGCAAUUAGGAAAUGUCUCUUAAAAUCAUAUGGUAUAGAUGAAGAUAAGGAGAGAGAUGAGAAUCAAAUGGUAAUUGAUACUGUCAAUGAGCAAGAGAAAGAGCAAUCCAAUUCAAAUGAGGUGAUAGAUGCACCUGUUGAGAUAAAUAUGAACUUGAUGGACAGCCAAAUGGGAGACGAAUCACCUGAACAACAACAAUUCAAUGCAGACAUUGUUCCCCCUUUCAAAGAAUCUCCAAAGCAAUCUCCAAAUUCAACUAUUUCUAUUCCAUCCUUUAAAAUAUCAAAAGAAAUUCCUCUCACACAAACCUCAAUAUCAAUACAUUCUUCAGGUAAGAAGCCAGAGCCAGUAACACAAAAUAGAUCUGAUUUGACAAGUAUUGCCGAAUGCUCAAUAGAAGAAAAAGAGCUUGUUAAAAACAUAUCUCAACAAUUAUCACAAAUUUCCUCUAUCCAUCUAUCAGAGCCACAAACUAAACUAAUUGUAAUACCACACUCUCAAGAAAGUUUUCCAAUUGACUUUUCAUACCAUAUUGAAGAAAAUGAAGAGAAAAUUUCACUAUCUCUUAGCUCUUUCGAAUCAGAGAAAGUACCUUCAAUAUUUCCAUAUUUUGACUAA